ACCCCUGGACACAUGCUACGCGCACGCCGGACCUCCCCCAGAGACCCGUUAAUGUCGAUUGAAUGCCUCCCGUGUUAAACCCCUUCCUACGGGCCUUCUUCCGUAGCGCACUCCCCAGCCAGUGCCAGCCAGCGCAGCACCACGUCCUCUUGGUCCCGACGACAGAGGUUCUGCUGACAUCGCGCGACAAAGAAUCAAACACCUCGUACGUCGAUCUCAGCGGCUCCGAAGAUUUCCUUGCAAGCCAUGUCUUGCGCAUACCAGGCGGCGCAGGGCCCAACAAUCUCCCCAGGGAUACAGGCAGCUUCAGAGAGGCGCGGGGCAAGGCAAAGCAGUACACGACGGCAAACGGCCGGACGGUGAUUGUCAAAGAUGCCUUUGUCUACAGCAACAAGGGCUUCAAGACACUCAACCAAGCCCAGCUCCUGAACGACACCAUCUUCUACCCCGAUUCGUUUGAUGCGCAGCCCUGGCUCGUCUACUUUAUAUCGCGUCCCCUCAUAGGGACCUACGACCCGAACCCCAUCAUACCGGCUACACUCGGGCCCAAGCAGGAUGCAAGACUCGAGGCGUCGGAUAUGGCGAGCUCGUCUGCGGGCGCCAGCUCGUCCAUGCCGCGGAAGAAGGAGGUCCGGUCCUUUAGCGAUCUCUUGAACCAUUUCCCCAUGAUUGCGCGCCAGAUGCAGCCAGGCUUGGAGCGGCUGUUCAAGGAGUUUAGCAACGAGCUGCAGAAGCCGCUACCGGCGACACCCUCACAAAGGUCACGACGGUCGUCCAUGAGCUCAAGGAGACGCGGGUCGGUAUCCUCGGCAGACACGGCGCCACUAUCGCUGCGUAGCAAUCUGUCAUAUGCUGCCAGUGGCUUCAUUUCGAAUCUCGAAAUCAGCGACGAGGAGGAUCAGAUGCGCAGAUCGCUCGAGACUGCCGUCACGGCAGCCAUCGACCUCUUCCAGAUGGUGGACAAGCAACAGCUGUCACUGCUAGGCGCGACAACGGAUCUGACAGGGCCAAUUGUCGAGCGCAUGAUUGAGCGCUACAUUGCUGAGCAGGUACACCAUACCAUUUUGUUUCCGCGGGUACGAGACAUACGGCAGUUUGAGGAUGCGGAUCUGGAGCGACGGACACGGCAAAUGAUGGAUAUCGACAUAUCGCAGGUUGGCAUCGACAUCGGACACGGUCGCAAAGGGAAGCAAGAACUGGCCAUACGCAUUUCAAAAGCCGUCGAAAUGUUCAAGAAGAUGGGAGUCGCAGGGAGCCCGCAAGAGAUGCUCGAAAUAUUGCUCGCGGUGCAGAAACACAUUACCAUGCCGGACGAGUCUCGAGAAAGGACCAUGCUGAAUGGAGCGCCGCUGUCAGAGAAACAGGACCCCCUUCUUACCAUCAAUGCAGACACACUGGUCUCUCUACUACUUAUUGUAGUUAUUCGGGCGCCUGUGCGGCAUCUGCAGGCACGGUUGUCCUACAUGCGCCACUUCAUCUUCAUCGAUGAUGUCGAGAGUGGCGAGAUGGGCUACGCGCUGAGCACUUUUGAAGCUGUGCUCUCGUAUCUGAGGACAGAUUCGGGAGGCUUACGGAGAGCGAGCCGACGAAACAAAGCAUUGUGGCACGCAACCAAGACUGGCGAUUUGGAGACAAUGCAGGGUAUCUUGGAGCCUGACAAGUCUUUCCACCCAGAAUCGGACAGCUUUUCGGACCAGAGCGACACGACGCCGCCGAGACAUCGCCCAGUUAGGUUUGCAGCAAGCCUUUCGGAUCUACAUUCGCUGGGAGGAACUACCAUGAACGGGGACGACGAGCCACGGAUAGGACGUGAAGGUUCAACUCGCGACAACAGUACACGUGAAGACGGGCCCUUAGCGCACAUUUUCCCCUUUCAGCGGGCCCAGACACCGCCACCACUACCGGGUAGACCAAAGAUGAAGAAGACAGUCUCCAUGGACACAAGAAGCAUGUCAAGUGGCUCAGCGCGGUCAUAUCGAUCUCGCACCACGCUCGACUCACGUGUCAGCGCCAUCGAAGGCGAUGUCUCAAUAGAGAAGCUCACCAUGACACAAGGCCCGGAUGGCGAGUCCGUCUUGAUGAUGGCUAUUGAGAACAAGCAGGACAGAGCACUACAAUAUCUCCUCAGUCUGACCGAAUAUUACACACCUCAGUACAUUUUCGAAGACUACAACAACGAGGGUACCAAUCUGCUGAGUGCAGCAAUCCAAGGGGGGCAUGCGAAAACAACAGACACGAUUCUCAACUACAUGUUGGAGAACAGCCCAAACCCUGACGUAUUACGAGACUAUCUAGCGAAGCCGGAUGCAAAGGGUAGAUGUGUAGCGCAUUACCUUUUCAAUCAGCCCCGGUUGAUUGAUCGCAUCGGGCAUCUUCUUCCUUGGAAGCUAAAGGACAAGAACGGCCAGACGCCCGUUUUUGCUCUGUGCAGGUCAUACGACCACGAUGAGUACCAUGAUAUGGUAGAUAAGGCUCUUUUGGCUGCAACUUACUAUCAAGACGACGGGGAACCGCUACAUCUCGAUGAACAUGUUGACAACAAGGGAAACAGUCUACUCCACAUCAUUACCGAUCCUCAGCUAGCAGUAAAGUUGCUGUAUCGCUGCGACUCGGAUGCCAAUGCCACAAAUGACAGGCAGUUCACACCACUCAUGGUAGCAAGUAAAUACGGCAGAACAGACAUGGUGCGAGUUCUCUUUCAAGACCCCAGGGUGGAUCUCUCGUACAGAGAUGGGCGUGGCCUUACGGCUGUGGAGCUUGCCAAAGACGACGAUGUUCGAAAUCGAAUUGAUGAUCUGGUGCUGUUAUCAAAUGAGGCUGGGCCCGAUGGGCGAACUACAACUGUUGUUCGUUCCUUCUUUGUGGAAGACGGAACGGUACGCCUCGUGUUGAAAUCCGGAGCACCCAACGACAACAAGACCAUCACUGUUACGACAUGUCGUCGCUCGUCAUACGAUUUCGAGAACCUUGCAAGGUGGCUCGCGCAAGAACACCCUGCAUCAUGGCUGCCAGUCAUAGAUAACCUUGCGUCGCCGUACCUUAUACCCUCAAGACCAUCAAGGUCGAUACUACGAGACAUGCAACUCCGACUCGAUGCAUUCCUCAAGAUUCUGCUCAGGCACCCUACCUUCUCAACACACGAAAUGGUAUGGGAAUUCUUCCUUGUCCCAGACAUCGACUCAUCCAUGCUCGCGGAACGGUCAGCACGCAAGGCUGAGUUGCGCGUUGAACGCCUUCGCGAAGAUUAUGCCCCUAUACUCGAUGUACGGGAAGUGGAGCUCUUUGUACAACACAUGCGUGAGAACAUUCGAGCCCUCCACCACGCAUCAAGAUCGGUUCUUCGACGUGCGAAUAAGGUUCGCUCAGCAGCUUCGGACCACAAUGAUGCGGCUAAGAUCUUCAACAACGCUGUCCAUUCCCUCACAUUUCUGCCAGCCACACACCUCAAAGCGAUGGAGCGCUACACAAGCACUCUGAGACAAAGCGAAGCAAGCCCAAUGGCAGGUUUCUACUACUCGAUGCAUGCCAUCUCGAGCACAAUAGCCGCCAUCCUUACUGCGCUCUCCCGCCCCUCCACCAUCAUAAACUCCAUGUCCAAUGCCCAGAAAGCCAUUGAUAGACACAACCUUUCUGUACGACGCUCAGACCGUUGGCCUCUAGGCCUCCUAGACGACGCACGCAGCCGAGUCCAGCGCGACGCGCAAGUGAAGAUGGACAAGAGCAAAGUCGAACUCGAGGAUCUAGGUCGAGAACUCCGGUACACACAGCAAGUCGUAGCGCAGGAACUAGCCAGCUGGCAAGAAAACCGCGUCGCAACAGGCAGAUCAGCACUCAAGGAGUUGGCAAGAAAAAUGGUUGUUGUCGAACGCGCCAGGCUAGAUAGCAUGAAGCGCGCCAUCCGCGACCUUGGUAUCGGCGUGGACAAAAACAGCAAAAAGGCCAGCAAACAACACGCUCCAAACGGGGUCUUACAACUGACAAACGGCAUCCGCCACCAUACUCCUCAUACUCAUACUCUUGUUUCGCCCGGAAUUCCUUCUCCUUCCUCUACCACCAUGAUCCCGGGUCCAAUCGUCCCGCGGCCACAGCAAAUCACAGAUAAACAGAUCGAACACGGACCAGGCACGGUGGAGCAUCCCGAGGAUGAAGGCGUCAUCCUGUCGAAUGGAGAGUUGGCGGCAACAGAUGUCCUUCCUGCUGCUGGGUAAGGUUGGGGUUUCGACGGGCAGACGGGUGAAGAAGCUAGGUUAGCUAGGUAGAUAUCUAGGUCCAUCGCUGUGUGUAUGUACCGAGAGGUGUGUGUGUCUGUGUCUGCAGCAGCAUCUCCUUCUUUCUCUUCUCUUUUUUUUUCCUCUUACUUAUCCUUUUUAUCAUAGUGAGGGGAGCGUUUCUUCGACACGGCUGAAAU